GAAAUAGCUGCUGAUGACAGUGCCAGCCCAGGCUGCUCAAGUGAUGCUGCUGCUGUUGCUAUAUGCAAGAAUACUUUAACAGAAGGUGAUGACAUAGCUGCUGAUGACAGUGCCAGCCCAGGCUGCUCAAGUGAUGCUGCUGCUGUUGCUAUAUGCAAGAAUACUUUUACAGGAGAUGAUGACCCAGCUCUCUGGCCAAAACAUCUUACUGACAACGAGUGCUGCUUACUAGUGCAGAGAGGCCCAGUUCAAAUCAAAGACAGAAAUUAUCCAAAAAAUCAUGAGGGGCGAAGAUUUUCUAACCACCACUUUUACCUGCAAAUGAAAAAUGGGGAAAAGAUAAAGAGGUCAUGGCUUGUGUACAGUGAAAAAAAUGACUCUGUUAUUUGCUUUUGUUGCCGCCUGUUUGGUAACCGAGAAAGGGACACUCUGCUAAGUGGGGAUGGUUUCAACAACUGGAAGAAUCUUUCAGCCCACUUGAGACAACAUGAGACAUCUGCUAAACACAUUGCAAACAUGGAUACUUGGCGCAAUCUUUUCCAGAAACUUCAAACAAACACAGCUAUAGAUCAGGUAAACCAAGAUCUAAUUGCUAUUGAAGUAAACCGCUGGAAAGAGAUUUUGAGAAGACUUGUUGCAAUUGUAAAUCAUCUGGCAGAGCACAAUCUUGCUUUCGUGGCCACUCAGACAGAUUGUUUGAGUCUGGUAAUGGAAAUUUCCUUGGACAAGUCCAAUUAAUGGCUCAGUUUGACCCAGUGAUGCGAGAGCAUUUGAGAAGAAUUCAAACAAAACAACAAAGUGACACCUAUUUAAGCAAGACAAUUCAAAAUGAACUAAUUUCCCUUGUAGCAAAAUGUACCACUGAUGCCAUUAUAGAGAGAGUAAAAGCAGCCAAAUAUUAUGCCGUUAUCAUGGACUGCACUCCAGAUCUCAGUCACAAUGAGCAGCUAUCAGUAGUGCUACGAAUAGUUAGUUGUGAGUUGUCAAAGGGUGUCUCCAUUCAUGAGCACUUCGUUGGAUUUCUUGAGGCACUUGACACAACAGGAAAAGGCCUAUGCGAGACAUUUUUAACCCAUUUAGAAACACUUGGAUUGGAUCUUUGCAACUGUCGAGGCCAAUCGUAUGAUAAUGGGAGCAACAUGCAGGGUAAAAAGCAUGGAGUGCAAAAGAGAUUGCUGGAAUUGAACGAAAAAGCAUUGUGUGUUCCUUGUGGGAGUCACACUUUGAAUCUUGUUGUUGGUGAUGCAGCUAAAUCUUCAGUUAUGUCCAUCAGCUUCUUUGGGCUGUUACAGCGGCUUUACACUCUCUUCAGCUCCUCAGUUAACCGUUGGACCAUUCUCAAAGAACAUCUGAAGAAUUUUACACUGAAGGCUUUGUCAACAACCAGAUGGGAGUGCAGAGUUGAAGCUGUUAAAGCUGUUCGCUACCAGCUGCCUGAAAUUGUCAAGGCAUUAACUGCUCUAAAGGAGUACGCCACAGAGAAACGAGAUGCUGAUGUUGUCUCUACAGCUGAAAGCAUAUGCAAGGAGCUGCAAAGAUGGCCUUUCAUGGUAAGUACCAUUGUGUGGUACAAUGUGUUGUUUCAAAUAAAUAAAGUAAGUAAGAUCCUCCAGAGCCCCAAAGUUUCAGUCGAGACUGUGAGGAAAGAAAUCAGGGCUGUAAAAGAAUUUCUUCAGGAUUUCCGAAAUGAGGGAUUGAAUUCUGCUAAAACUGAGGCCAGGGAGAUUGCAGAAAAGCUUGAGGUGGAGAUGAGCUGGCCUGAGGUGCGUCAGAGAAGGAAGGCUAAACAGUUUGAUUAUGAGGGAACAGAACAGACUCAGUCAACUGCAGAAGAGCUCUUUGAAAGACAGUUUUUUCUACCUCUGAUAGAUACGGCUCUUGUCACAGUAAAGGACAGGUUUUCCAAGAUGGAAAUAUUUUAUGAACUUUAUGGUUUUCUUUACUCACUUGACACAAUGAAAAGCACUGAGAAGGAAGGAAAGCUGGAUGAAUGCUGCCAAAGAUUAGAGCAGAAAAUGGAUGACAUUGAUGCACAAGACUUGCAGCUUGAGGUAAAGGGUGCAGUUAGGUCCUUUCCCACCCAUAUCUCAUCACCAUUGGAAAUGCUUGACCAUAUAUACAAAGAGAAUAUACUUGACAUAUAUCCAAAUUUAAGUAUAGCUUUAAGGCUGCUACUUACUCUUCCUGUGACAGUAGCUUCAAGUGAGAGAAGUUUCUCCUCACUGAAACUUAUUAAAACAUACCUCAGGACAACUAUGUCACAGGACAGGCUGUCUGCACUUGCUGUUAUCUCCAUCGAGCAAGAAGUCACAAAGGCCGUGGAUAUGGAAUCAAUGAUAGCAAGAUUUGCUGAGGCCAAAGCUCGUAAGGUCAGAUUUUAGACCUGAACUGUUCCCAGUCAUUCAAAAUAUGAUGUUCCAUAAUAGAAAACAAUUUCUGAAAGUCCUUGGAAAAAUCACGGAUCUGAGUACAUAGAAAUACAGCAGCCAGCAGCCCAACAAAUUGUUUAAAUUUUUCUUUAAAAAUGUUUUAUUAGUAAGAGAAAGCAAGAGAAACUCACUGUAUAUAAAAUGCAUUGAAGAAAGGGAAGAGAAGACAAAGAGAAAAAUCUGGUGUAAGGGAAGACAAACAAAAAUUAACAGAAGAGGGUGAAGAUGAAAGACAGACAAAGGUAAAAUACAAAAGGGAGAAGAGGGAAAGACUUAAUGAAGAAAGAACAGAGACAAAACUGAGAAGAUUAGUUGGACAGAUGCAAAGACAAGGAGGUAGAUAAAGAGAAGAUCAGAAACAGAAGAGGGAAAGAAGAGCAAGAGAUAGGCAGAGAAACGUAACACAAGACAUGUGAUCCUAAACAACUAGUCCAAUUUAGGCCCCAGCAAGCAGAUCUAUUCAGGAGAUUCUGUCAGAGAACCCGCUGAAAGACCAAGAUAUGAACAGUUGCAACAAAUGUGCAUAUAUCAUGUGUGAGGAGUGCUGAUGAAAAGUAACACAUGACAGAGGACAUCAUAAGACAUCGUAACGCAUCAUAACUGUAUGAGGACUGCUGAGAUAAAAAAUUACAAGUAGGUCUUAGAUAAGGAGUGACAAAAGGGUAGAAAAAGAGAUGCGGAGGGCCCAUGUUUGUUCUCGCCUUGGGCCCCAAAAUGGCUAAAUCCGC